GUCCCCUUCCUCCGCACCCGUUCCUCCGUGCUGCCGCUGGAGUUAGCUAGGAACUGGAGGGAGGUCUGUCUGUCGUGACAGCGCGUUCUCCUCAACUUUUCCAAGUCUGGCUUGUGCCUGAAAGACGGAGAGUGGGCUUCAUCUUUGUUUUCGAUGCAUGGGAGUGCCCUGGGAGCGGCGAAGGGAGAAGACAGUGCCGGUGGUCCUGACUGUUCAGCAGGAUGAGUGAGGCGGAGGGCCAGUUCUACAGUGUUCAGGUGGGAGACUCCACCUUCACUGUACUCAAGCGCUACCAGCAGCUCCGCGCCAUCGGCUCUGGGGCCCAGGGCAUCGUCUGCUCCGCUCUAGAUACAGUCCUUGGUAUACCGGUGGCAGUGAAGAAGCUGUGUCGGCCCUUCCAGAACCAGACCCAUGCUAAGCGUGCCUACAGGGAGCUGGUGCUGCUCAAAUGUGUCAACCACAAAAAUAUCAUCCGUCUGAUCAAUGUCUUCACGCCUCAGAAGUCCCUGGAGGAAUUCCAGGACCUGUAUCUGGUGAUGGAGUUGAUGGAUGCCAGCCUAUGCCAGGUGAUCCACAUGGACCUGGACCACGAGAGGAUGUCCUAUCUGCUCUACCAGAUCCUCUGUGGCAUCAGGCACCUGCACUCUGCUGGCAUCAUCCACAGGGACCUGAAGCCCAGUAACAUUGUGGUGAAGUCUGAUUGCACUCUAAAGAUCUUGGAUUUUGGCCUGGCGAGGACGGCCUGCACUAACUUCAUGAUGACCCCCUACGUGGUCACCAGAUACUACCGCGCCCCAGAGGUCAUACUGGGCAUGAAGUAUAAGGAGAAUGUGGACAUCUGGUCAGUGGGGUGCAUCAUGGGAGAGAUGGUAAAGGGCAGCGUCAUCUUCCAGGGCACCGACCACAUUGACCAGUGGAAUAAGGUGAUUGAGGUUCUGGGCACGCCCAGCCUGGAGUUUAUGAACCGUCUGAUGGAGACCGUCAGGAAUUAUGUGAUGAACAAGCCGCAGUAUCCUGGAGUCAGUUUUGCCGAGCUUUUCCCGGACUGGGCCUUUCCUUCUGACUCAGAACAUGACAAGCUGAAGACGGGUCAAGCACGGGACCUGCUGUCCAAAAUGCUCGUCAUUGAUCCUGAAUGCCGCAUCUCUGUAGAAGAAGCCCUCAAUCACCCGUACAUUCACGUGUGGUACGACCCUGCAGAGGCCGACGCGCCUCCCCCCCAGAUUUCAGAUAAGCAGCUGGAAGAGAGAGAGCACACCAUCGAGCAAUGGAAAGAACUCAUUUACGAAGAGGUGAUUGACUGGGAAGAGAGGAAUAAGAAUGGACUGAUGAAAGAAGACUGCUCAGAUGUGGUGUCAGGUUCAGCCUCCCAGUCCUCAUCAGCCAACGACAUCUCGUCCAUGUCCACGGAGCAAACCUUGGCCUCGGAUACAGACAGCAGCAGCAUUGACACACUGACGGGACCGCUGGAUGAGAGUCAGUGAACACAGUCCAUGGCCAUGUGUCUGCCUGUCUGCUUGCCUCAGUUCCAAUUUACAAUAUCCAAAUUUCGCUUUCCUUUCAUCUCUUUUCUCCCUUAUCCCCCCAUCUUCUGUAUCCUUUUGUCCUUUUUUUUUAUCCCUUUUUAAUCCUGCAUUUCUCUUCUUUCCUCUUUAACCUCAAUGAAUAGGUCUAUUUUUCUAUUUCCUUUCUGUGUGUGAUGUGCUGGAUCUUGGUGAUCCUCUACAACUUCAGACUUCAGUUUUUGGACUGCUGCCCAGAGCUCAAAACUAUCUGUUCUCUCUGUUGUGUCAAAGGUUUAUCUUUCUCUUCCUCGUGGAUAUUGUUUAACUUGAUUAAGUAUAUAAUAUAUGGAUUUUCAGGUUAUCAGGAGCAGGUGGUGGGGGGGGGGAUUGUUGUUGGUUCUGUACGCCUGUAUUUUAAUAGUUUUAUUUUUUUAGCAAAUAUUUAGUUGAGACCAGAGGUUAUUGUCAUCCAAUUAGAGCAGACACGCACUGAACAUAGACCACAGCUGCCAGCUGCUCUCAUGCAUGUUACGCCAAUAUGAACAAAAGCUUACCAUAAGUCAGUCGUGCCGACCAGCUGAUGUCCAUCUGAUGAUCAAACGCUCAUCCAGAGUUUGAUCAAUCCUUUAGCUAGCUUGCAGUAUUGCAGAUCUCCACAGUGGUGCUUUCCGCACAGUGUUUUUUAAUUAAUUGGCUUGAGUGAUGUGGAUUUUGAGCUUUUCCUCCUGACAGCUCGGGGAAGCUGUGGUUGCAGUGUUAGUUUUAUUUCCUGAUUAUGAUGUACUGUAUGUAAAGAUGUUAUGAUCUGACACUUAUAGUUGCUGUAGACUCUUUUACUGCUAAUAGGUAAGGUGUGCUUGUUUUGUUAAGAAACUCAGCAUAUCUGUAGAACCACAUAUUGCAAUCGUCCCCAUUUGACAUAAGGUACUGACUAACGAUGUGUAUAUCAAAAAAAGAUCACCUGUAAAUUCGGGAGAGGCAAAAAGAUACAUGUAUUUAUUUUUGUGUUCCUGCGAAAUGUUGCACACAAUCACAGGCCGAUGUCAGUGAAGCCUCUUGUCAAAGCAUUUUAUCAACAAAUCAAUGCAUUGGCUGCUCCUUUUCUAAACCAUUCCAUUCGUACUGGAACAGUAACAAAAUUGGUCAUAAUUCAUCAUGUAGAACACAUGUAAAGGCAGUAAAACACAAAUAACAGUGUUUAAGUUGCAUGAAGGCAUUAAAGAUGCCAAUAAGAUACCGUUGUUCUUGUUAUAAAGAGAAAUCGGUUCAGGUCAGUUCCUUUAUUUACAGUAACUUGAUGUUCUUGGUUCUGAAAGCCUGUUUGAUGCAGAUGUUUGUUUUUUGUUUGUUUUUGGCCUUGUAAGCAUAUAUUUGUGUGUAUUAUCAAAAUGUACUGUGCAGCGCUCUCCUUCAUUAUCUCUUUUAAUGGUCCUUAAAGACAGCAGUCGCCUGGUUGCAUAGGCAGCGUCUGUGGAGGAAGUCAGACCUCGACAUGGGAACCUAAAAAUGCACCCUGGAGCUGCUUUUUGCAGAACUGAUUGCACAGUGUGAUGGACAUGCAGAAAUAUGACACUAUGGAGUCGCUGAGGACUUGAAGCACCGUGUUGUACACUAUAUUUUCCUUUUAUAUACCAUGACCUUAUUCUUUCAGUCAUGCCUUAAAAGACCAGAGGAGUGGCCAAUUCACUCCCAAAAAUCCUCCGAGAUAAGGACUGAGCAUUACAGAACAUCUUGUGUGUUUACCAUGUUGUUAAAAAGAAAAAAGCUCCGUUGUACACACUGUACAUCUCACAUUUCUGUUCAGUUUGUUUCUCCUUUUUAUUUUCAGAGAUGUCCUGUGUGAUUGCAAUGACCACAAUAUAAUCACUUGGCCAACAUAUUUUGCCCUCACGUAACUAAUAAAGUGGACAUCAGUGA